UUUGACUUUGAUGGCUUUCAGCUUCUAUUUUUUGAAAAGUAGCGCGCUCAGACCAGCUCGCUCACUCUUUUCCUCUUCCAUUUUUUAGGGCAAUUGUUUUGUUUGAUAGACGAAGCUUAGGGUCUCUUUGGGUUUGCAACCCUUACCCUCCUGGAAAAAAUCAUAGUUGUGCUAGACUGCGACACUUCAGACCAGGUACUAUUAGAGCCGCUAAUGGACGACGAGCUAUUUUCCGCUAUCCGGAGCUCAAGCAUUUGAGCCGCUAAAUGGACGAGACUCCUGAGGUAAAGGAUGCAGAGAAUGAGGAGAGAACACUCGUAUGGAGCAGGGAGUAGGUAGUGUACUACUUCCUGGUAUGGAGCACUGAGAAGCGCUUGGUGACAUCGUCCAAGAUCGACAGGGAUGGCGGGUCACCUGCCAUGACGCUGUCGACGCUAUUGUCCAGUCCCGCAUGGAGCCUGUGGCGAAGCCCCUCAUUUGUGGCACUUGUGCGCGCAGUUUUCGUCGGCCACAGGAUAUUGCGACGCACAAGUGUAACGCUGUUCGCGCGGCCCGCGCGCGCUGAGUAUGGCGUUCCCCGCCCGGUGGACAACACGUCUCCUGGUCUGCCCCGUAUGGGGCCACAUAGCCAGUCAUGGCAGUGGAAGAAGGAAGGAAGCUUUCACUGUCCAGGAGCGACACUGACUCGCACUGCUAUCUGGUGCUCACGAGGUGUUUGUCGCGCUGCAAACGGAGCGUCUCUCAUUAGGCGAUUUGAUCGCAGGACGAGAGAGGAGCUGAUGGACGACCUCUCCAAUGUUCCACUUGGUUCGGAGCGGCGCCGAGUGCUGACGUUGGGACUUGGCCGGUGUGUGCACACCGCUAGCUAAACCGACCAACGGCUACUCCCAGGGCACAAACUAUUCUGCUGGAGGCAGCGUCGUCUUCGGCUGAAAUUCCGGAUACAACCUGCAGGGAAGCAUUGUGCGCAUCUGCCAGAUUGACGGUUCCUGGAGUGGGGCAGCUGCCUCAUGUAAUCCCAUUCAAUU